CAGAUGGGUAUGCCCAAUGCCCUCCUCCUCCACCACAUUCAGCUGUAAAAAAUGAUCUCAGCGUCACUCCCAUUAUUGGUCUGUGGAGCAAGAACUUCAUACACUCCUUGUCUCAGUCUGAAAUGUCAUCUCAAAAACUCUCCUCACAAAGCAAAUAUUUCCGCCGUCGUUCAUUUACCAUUAUUGCUCCGCAAAGAUUUCAUUCAAUUCAGCUUCUGCUCAAGGUACGGAGGCAUAUCAAUGGCGGCGUUGAGCGCCAAAGAUUCAGGAUCAGGAGAGGAAGAUAACGGCGCUUUGGAGGCGGUUCUUAAGCUUUAUACUGCAAUAAAACACAGAAAUAUCAGCGAGUUGUCUGAUAUAAUCGAGGAAGAAUGCCAGUGCCUAUCCAACUUCAUCUCCACGUUUCAACCCUUCUAUGGGAAGAAGCAAGUGUUGGAUUUCUUCUCCACUCUGAUGAAAAACAUGGGAACUAGCAUUCAGUUUGUGGUGCAACCCACACUUCAUGAUGGGAUGAAUGUUGGUGUUUCUUGGAGUUUAGAAUGCAACAAGACUCAUGUACCUCUAGGGAAAGGUUUCAGCUUGUACAUGUGCCAUGCCUACCAAGGGAAAGUUAUGAUAAGGAAUGUGGAGAUGUUCAUGGAGCCACUGCUUCACAUUGAACCUCUUAGAUUGAAAAUGAUGGGUUCUUGGAUGACUGUAAUGGACAAGAUUGGAUCCAAUGCAGUGUUCAAGGGUAAUAUGAAGAGAUCAAUAUAUCUCCUGCUGGCUCUUCUCCUCAUGAUAGCCUUACUCUUGUUUCCAAGGCUCUUUUGCAAGAAGCCAUAGCAUAAGAUCCAAAUCAUACCACCUGGUGCCUCUACUUGCAAAAGUGACUUCCCUUGAGGCAAAUCAACAAUGCAGCAAAGCCUGAAUCUUGUCAGGAAGAAUCAAAUGGAAAUGGCUUCUAAAACAGAUGAUGAUCGAUCAUAUAGUCUUCAUUGAUAUGUACAGAACUUGCAGCUUCACAUAAUCUAGCAUCAAUGUAACAACCGUUGCAUAUUGGUCAUUAUAAGAAACAAAAUUCGAAAUGAAGAUGAAAGAAACAAAGCCUUGGGGUUUACAUAUCCAUGAAACAGGCACAGCCCAUAACAUCAUAUCACGCUUCAUCCGUAAUUCUGCCCAUCUGACCAAGUCAACAGGAUGUGAAACAUGAUUAAUCAAUUCUAUGUCCAUGAGAAGAAGAGAUAC